AUGGAUAAAUACGAUGUGAUUAAGGCCAUUGGGGAAGGUGCCUUCGGGAAAGCAUUCUUGGCCAAAGGGAAAUCAGAUAGCCAGCACUGUGUUAUAAAGGAGAUCGAUUUUGCAAAGAUGCCCAGCCGAGAAAAAGAAGCAUCACAGAAAGAAGUAAUUCUUCUGGCAGAGAUGAAGCACCCCAACAUUGUAACCUUCUUCAGUUCGUUUCAAGAGAACAAUAGGCUGUUUAUUGUGAUGGAGUAUUGUGACGGAGGGGAUCUCAUGAAAAGGAUCCAUAGACAGCGGGGAGUGUUAUUUAGUGAAGAUCAGAUUCUGAUUUGGUUUGUACAGAUUUCUCUGGGACUAAAAUAUAUUCAUGACAGGAAGAUCUUACACAGGGACAUAAAAGCACAGAACAUUUUUCUUAGUAAGAAUGAUAUGGUUGCAAAGCUCGGGGACUUCGGUAUAGCAAGAGUUCUAAACAAUACCAUGGAACUUGCUAGAACUUGUAUUGGAACACCUUCCUACCUGUCCCCAGAGAUCUGUCAGAAUAAACCCUACAACAAUAAAACGGAUAUUUGGUCUCUUGGCUGUGUCUUAUAUGAGCUUUGCACACUCGAGCGUCCGUUUGAGGCAAACAGCUUACACCAGCUGGUUCUGAAGAUUUGCCAGGCACGUUUUGCCCCAAUAUCCCCAAGGUUUUCCCGUGACCUGCAUGCCUUGGUAUCUCAGCUCUUCGAAGUAUCUCCCCGAGAUCGGCCAUCUAUUAAUUCCGUUUUGAAAAGACCCUUUUUAGAGAAUCUUCUUGCCAAAUACGUGACCCCUGAGGUCAUUCAGGAGGAAUUCAAUCACAGCAACACCCGUAAAGCAAGAUCAUUGGCUUCUCAACCUUCAGGGAAGGGGAUCCAAGAUUCUAAAAUACAGAAAGUGAGAUUCCAGGGAAAGUGCCUACCAAGAUCAAGGAUAUCGGUGCCAAUUAAAAAGAAGGAGAUACUAUAUAGAAAUGAAUGGAGACGACCAGCUGGAGCCCAGAAUCCCAUAGCCAUAAAAAUGGUAGAAAGGCCCAAAUUUGCUGCACUCUGUGGGCAUUACGAUUAUUAUUAUGCCCAACUUGACGUGUUGAGGAAGAGAGCUCAUGAACCAGGUUACCACUGUGUUCCUUCAAAAGAUUCUGGAGUAGAGGAGAACUAUAAACAGGAAGAAAGCCACAGUCCAUCACCAGGUCAAUGGCCUGCUGAAUACCUUCAGAGGAAAUUUGAAGCCCAACAAUAUAAGCUGAAAGUGGAAAAGCAGCUGGGUCUUCGUCCAUCUUCUGUGGAGCCAAAUCACAACCAGAGACAAAAGCUACGAAGUAAUGGAGAAGAGUGUAGAUUCCAGGAGCUGCAGAUCAGGAGAAACAAAACGAAGGAACAGGAAUACUUGAAGCAGCUGGAGGAAAUACGCCAACAGUACCACAAUGACGUGAAGGAAAUUAGAAAGAAGAUGGGGAGUGAACUGGAGGAGGACUCAAAAAUAAGUCUUAAGACCUAUUUAGUGAAGAAAAGUGACCUGCCCAUCCACCAGCAGGCACCUGAGGAAGAAGCUCCUGUACAGGUUAUUGAAAGAGACUUGAAACAAAUGAGAGCUCCGGCCAUAAAGGUAGGUAAAAUUCCAGCACAAAACUGUAAAGCUAAGGGUGGAGUGAAGUUUGAAAUUAGUUUAAACCAAUGUAUUUCUGAUGAACACACCCUCCAAGAGGCAGAGGCAACAGAUGUGCGAAAUGAAACUUUGACCCUUGAGGACGGCAUGGAGCUUCAGGAGUAUGAAGAUUAUACAGACGAAGCAUUUGAAAAACUCUGUUGCCCAGAAGCAGGUAAGUGUCGUGAUACUGGUGCUGCUGCAGAGAACAGGAGACAGUGGGAUGCGCGAGCUCCUCAGACUCUCCUGGAGAUGAUGGCAGCGGGGGACAUUAUCUCCACCCGUUUCACUCUGCGGGAGGGGCCAUCUACCGUCAGUGGCCAAGGGAUUGUGACCGGAGGCGUUCCAGAAAAUAGGAAACAGUGGCGGCACGAAGUGCCAGGAGCUUUAAUGAAUGCUUUGGCUGCAGCACGUCUAACAAGUAGCUCAUUUUCUGCCAACGAAGGAGAACUGGCAGUGGGAACAUUGAAACAAUGGCUUCCUAGAGAAGAUGAGGGAAAUGUGGAAAUGGCCCCUGGCAUUGAAGCAGAUGAGGAACAACCAAGAUCGGAUGAUGAUGAUACAAAUUUUGAAGAAUCUGAAGAUGAGUUGAGAAAUGAAGUAAUAGAAUCCCUAGAAAAACUUGCUACUUCUAAAGAUGAAGAAAACAGCAAAGAGACUCCUGGCUUCUCUAAGGGUGCUGAAAAGUUGGGAGGAGAGGAGAUAGGCAUACAGAAAUAUGCAGACUUAAAUGACGGUUUGGAGAAUAUUUCUACUCAAUCUAAUGACAAAGUGUCCAUUGCCGAUGAAAACCAAGAAACAUCAACAACCCAUCAAAAUAUACAAGUGUGA